AGUUGAUGUACUCUAAACUUUAUUACUUUAACAUCAACUGCCAAACAAUGAUUGUGUUCGGAUUUGUAUUCAUAUUUACUUUGGCUUCGGCAGCAAGAUUAGAUCGUCAAUAUCUUCCACCUCCCGGUGCUUCUUCUGCUGGAGGAUCAGGAAACAUUUUACAAUCACCAAUUGGAUCAACAAGUUCAACAUCUCAAUCGUCAUCGUUUCCAUCAACUUCUCGACCAUUUUCUUCUUCGGGUCAAUUUCCUUCUCCUAGUUAUCAAAGACCAGGUUUGCAAAAUCAAUUCCAGUAUCAACAACCUCAACGUUUUCCACAAAGUAGGCCACAAUUUAGACCACAAAGUUUUGGACAAACAGGAUCUCAAGAGUAUCCGCAAGUUGUUCCACAAAAUGUACCACAAAGUGUUCCGCAAGGAGUACCUCAACAAUAUGGUCAAAUCGCUCCUCAAGGAUUUGGCCAAAUAGGAUCAGCUUUUCCACAAAGUAGACCACAAAAUUAUCCACAAGGAGAUUCUCAAGAUUACGGUUCAAGCAGACCAGGAGGAUUUGGAAUACCAUCUCAAGAAUAUGGUCCAAGCCCACAAAGUAUUCCUCAAAGUAGACCACAAGGAUAUGGGCAAAGUGCAAGACCUCAAUACCAACCACAAGAUGUUCCUCAACGAUUCCCAAUAGGAGUACCACAAGUACAACAACAACAGCCAUUCGGAAAUGGUCCAGGUUUAUUCUCUUCCCCACAAAGACCUUCACAAUCUGGACCAAAUCGCGGUUAUUUGCCACCCGGAAAAUAAAUUUUAAUUUAAUUUAUUUUACUUAAUUCAUGUAUAUUAAAAUUAACCACUUGAAUAAAAAAAUA